GGGCCCACCCUGGAUCUCUCAGCCAUAUUUUGGGGGAUUCGGAGGAUGACUGCUGCGACUGAACGGGGAAGCUUUUGAGUGCAUUGGUCCGAUUCCCUCCCUAUAAGGAAGCGAACAACUUUUGCUAAACAGGAUGAAUCCCAGCGAAGGUGCGGCGCCACUGGAGAAAUACAAGCUGGUGGUGGUCGGUGGAGGCGGCGUGGGCAAGAGCGCCCUUACCAUUCAAUUCAUCCAGUCUUACUUUGUUUCUGACUAUGACCCCACAAUUGAGGACUCCUACACCAAAAUCUGCAAUAUUGAUGGUACCUCAACCCGGCUGGACAUUCUGGACACUGCUGGUCAAGAAGAGUUUGGAGCUAUGCGGGAACAAUACAUGCGCACAGGAGAAGGUUUCCUCCUUGUUUAUGCUAUCAAUGACCGGGGCAGUUUCAAUGAAAUCCACAAAUUCCACACUCAGAUACUUCGAGUGAAAGACCGUGAUGAGUUCCCUAUGGUCCUUGUUGGCAAUAAGACUGAUCUGGACCUUUAUCGACAGGUAACUGAAGAGGAGGCCCUGUACUUUGCUCGGGAAAACCGAAUCCCCUACAUGGAAGCCUCUGCAAAGGUCCGAUUCAAUGUGGAUGAGUCUUUCCAAGAGUUAGUCCGAGCCAUCAGGAGGUUUCAUGAAUCGGAGUCUCCCCCUGCCCCAGCCUUUCACCCCAAAAUGAAGGAACGCAAAAGCUGUCCUUGUUCCAUUCUGUAAACUGCCACCCCACAUCAAGCCACGCAGCCUGGAAGAGGAAGAGGAGCUGCUCAGAUUCCUUACAACCAAGAAGACAGAGCAGGAUUUUCCUUCUUCCAUCUCUCCGACUACAAUCAGGGCUGGCACUGUGUAUUUUUUAGUUAUACCAAAAUAUUACCAUUUUUCUCUUGUUGCACAGGAGUCUGUAAACUGAGAACAAAGCAGGGACUAGAUAAGUUCUUCUCCUCCAACAUAUCCUGAAUCUAUGGGAUAUGCAUUCAAUUUUGUUUGCUACUUUGCCCUCCCUUGUUCUUCCAUGGAAAUCACAUUAAAGGUGCCCCUUUUUCCCAAGGGGCAGAAAAUUUAUUCAUUUAGAUAAAAGGGGCACAGGAUUGUAAAUUUCACUGGCAGUUCACUGAUACAAUAAGUUAAUGAAUACGAAUCAACUGCAAAGGGUCAUUUAUUUCACUGCAGCUAAGGGCAAGCUUUUGCACAUACAUAGAUAUCUACAUGUUCAAAGAUAUGGUACAAAU